AGUGGUCUCAGUAUCAUUAAUUACAAACGCAUUCUCUUGCCCAAGAAAUCUAUUUCUUGUCCUUGUCGCUGGAGUCAAAUCAACGGUCGCUGCUUCAUCUUUGUUGCGAAACCCAUGACUUGGGCUGCAGCCGAGAAAAACUGUCUGUCCAUGGGGGCAAACCUUGCUUCAGUUCACAACAUUAAAGAGUACCGUCAGAUUCAGGGUCUGAUAACUGCAGCAGGUUACGAGACCAGUGAAACAUGGAUUGGAGGCUCUGAUGCACAGGAGGACAGAACUUGGUUGUGGAGUGAUGGAAGUACUUUGCAGUUCACACACUGGUGUCCCAAACAGCCUGAUAAUUUUGCACGAAAACAGGAGUGUUUACAGAUGAACUAUUCAGGAGUCSACAGCAGCACUCAGCAAUGA